AUGGGUCUCAUGGCGGCGCUCUACCGCGAGCUCGUGGCCGCUGCAGCGCUUCUGGACCGCCACGUUGCGCUCCGGACACUCGUGUCGUCGGACUUGCGCGUUUCGGUACUCGCUCCGGGCUCCCGGACGCGUCUGCCGCACGCAGAGGCGUUCAAUCGCUGUCUCGAUCGCUAUCUCGGCGGUCGUCACUUUUAUCUGCCCGAUCUCCAGCGUCCGACGCUGCGGCAACUUGUGCGCGACGAGUUUCGACAACGUGCGAAUGCAACAAUCGGCACCGACGGUCUCGACACGGCGUUUGUGGCGCUGCGGGCGCUGAGUCGCACGCUCGCAGACGCGAAAGCACUGAAUUUGCUGCCGCCUUCAACGCCUUUGACGCCGCGGGAAACGUGGACGCUGGACGACGUGCAAUUGACAGCCGAUGUAGCGUCUGGGGUGUUUCUGGUAGCUCAUCCGCUGCUCGAAGGCGUCUUCGGUCGCUCUGUGGUGGUCUUGACGGAGCAUACGCUGAAAGGAUCGAAAGGGUAUAUCGUGAACAAAGUGUCAAAGAAUCCGUUGAGACGCGCGUUUCGAGCGCCGUCACGUGUCAUGCAAGUGUUUGGAACGAGUAUUGUACGCAAGGGUGGACCCGUAUUUGCGAGGAACGCAGAGGUGCUGCACGGAAGAGCGGACUUUGGGGGCGAGCGAGUGACGACGACGAAUUUCCCUACUGCCAGUGAUCCGAGUCUCUUCGUGGGUGUGGAUCUGGAUGUCGCAGCAAAAGCGGUCGGCGAUGGAACUGCCAAGCAAACAGACGUUGUAUUUAUGAGUGGCAUGUCGGCUUGGUCUCCGGGUCAAUUGAACGCUGAAGUGAAGCAGGGCUCGUGGGUGCCUGUGAAGGCACCUGUGUCGCUUGCGCUUAACGCACCUGCAGAACUAUGGCUGGACAUCAUGCGCACGAUUGGCGGCGAGUACGCUGAAAUGAGCUGCGUGCCCUCCAUGGAAGAAGAAGCAGAGUAG